UGGAGCGAGCUAGCAACAAAAUUAAAUAGUCUGGGUGGAGCAGUGAAGACGGUGAAUCAAUGGCAAACGGUAUGGCGGGACUUAAAAAGCCGCACCAGCAUUAAAGCACGGAAUAGGCGAAGGCAAGAAGCUUUAACUGGAAACAGGCCUAUCAGUGAGGAGCCCCUAACGGAAUUCGAGAGGCGGGUGUCUGCUCUUAUAGGGGAGGAGUAUAUGAAGGGCCACGAUUCAACCCCUGAAAAUAUUCCACUGGAGGAGGUAAUCCAAAUGGGUGUCGAAUCGGAAGAUGAAAGGGUGAUUUCGGAAGCCCCGUCGCCUUUACGGACGCCACUUACAGAAAAUUUCACGCUGAGGUCUGGUAAUUCGCACAUCUCAGACAGGAGAACACCACGGGCGAGCUUGAAAAGAAAGCGCAUGGAAGAAGACGGUAAUGCUCGGAAGAAAUUUUUGGAAAUAGCAGAAAAACAGGCAGAUGCACUAAAGAUGCUAGCCCAGUCGAGUGUAGAAACCGUAGAAGUCGCGAAACAACAAGCAGAUGCUUUAAAACCGAAAGCAGCUCUGCAAGUGCCCAGGCGAAUAAAAUGCUGGCGGAGGCAAUAG